CAAACGGCUCGGGACCCGGGAGCUGCAUUAGCAGCAUGCACAAAAGCAGCAUCUUUGAACGCUGCUUGCUUUUGCUGUGCAUGUACUGUGAUCUUUUUCGGUGUAUCCUGUGGCUGCUAUUGCUUGGAUCUGCGAGUCUGUCUUGGAGAAGACCCUCGCGGUGGAAGCACAGGGAGGGUCCGAUAUGCGUGCUCUGCUCCGUAUUAGUCGUCUGCAUGCUGUUGCGGCCCCCACGACCUGCAAUAACCACUAGUAUUAGUACCUAGUUCAAGCCAUAAAUAUGCGACGGCAAAGAGCCGUCCGCGGCGGCGGGCCGGAGGAGAUAUUUGGGCUAGAGCCAGGCAUUGCCAGCUCCCUGGUACUCCGUAUUUCGAACAUUGAGGUUUGCUACGGCACGUGUAAACAUGACUUUACGUACAGUCGUAUCCAUACGGCUUCUUCCCUGUCCACCCACGUUGAGGAGCCUGGUCAGGUUAUGCUCCCUGGCCCAAGUAGUGUAAGUGAAUGUGCUUAUUUGCCUAGAUGGGUCAAACCUUGGCUGCAGGGCGGCUGGAGCAAGGAUUCGCAGGCCUAGUUUCCUGUUCAGGGGGGGUGCACGUUCAAACGCCAUGCUCACAACAAGGCUUCGAAGCAAUUGCAAAUAGUAGUACCUAUUACUCACCAUAAUGCACUUUCUUACGGUAGACGUAUAAUUAUCCAAAUCGUCCUACAUUUCUCCAUCUUAAGCGCC